AUGACGAACACAAUCAAAGAGUGCUUUAGUCUUACCAUCAUCACUCUGCGCUUUGUGGGUUUAUAUCCGGACAACAAUGAGCCUUUGGUGAGAAAAAUCUGGGCAUAUACUUUGUAUUUUCUUGAAGUGUUACUCACGAUACUCACGCUGGUCAAUCUUAUUCUUGAGGACAACCUGGAUACGAUGGUGAUGAACCAGAUGGUGAUAUUUUUAACCGAAACCGGGUCAAGUUGUUUCAAACUUUUACCCUUUUUAAUCAAUGGACACGAAAUCAAACACUGCAUCAAUUAUUUUGGGCACCGCAGAUUUGCGCCUAAACAUCCUCAAGCUAAGAAAAUCAUGGACGAUUGCAUCCGAGUAUGCAAACGAAACAUCAGAAUCUUCUUCGGUGUUGUCGGAGUUGCUGCGUUUUUCUUUAACACGUUUCCUCUGAUCAGAGAGAAAUACACGCUUCAAGUGAAUAUCUGGGUUCCGUAUGAAUUGUCAAGAGAUAUAGUUUUCAUUCCGACGUACAUUUGUGUUCUGAUAGUGUCUUUGCACAUUGUGUUUGUUGGCGAAAUGAUAGGACCUUUAAUUGGAAGAAACAUGUUGACGAUGUGCUUUAGUUGUAUUGGUUUAACACUGGUUUCUUUUACAAACACUGACGCUAUUAUAUAUGUGAUGGCUUACGGUAUUUUAUCGUUUGAAAUUUUUUUCUAUUGCCACUACGGGACACUCUUGUUUGAAGAAGUGAACAAUGAAACUCUUAUUCAAGACGUAUGUUUAGCUUCGUGGUAUAAAUAUGACACUAAGAUCAGGAAAAUUUUGCUGAUCAUCAUGGAACGGUCAAAAACACCUUUAGUUUUAUCGGCGGGGAAAGUUGUGGAUUUGACUUACCGUACUUUUAUGACGGUUUUAAAAACGAGUUAUUCACUAAUUGCUGUGAUGAACAACUAUUAG